UUGAGAAGCUUCUCUAAUACGCUUCUUCAUUACCCCCUUCAAAUCAUUACACAAAAAAAUCCUAAUCGCCGAUUCCGCUCCGGAUGUUUUCAUUCAAUCCUGUUCGACAACAUUAAAUCGAUCUUCAAGACGCAAUAAUCUUCCAUUGACGGGUUUUGAUAUACCAUUAGUUGAUGUAGGGACAAAAAAACUGCCCUUGAAACAACACACAAGGCAAUGUACAGAAUAGAAGGUCAGAUGGAGGAAGUUUAGGACCAGAAGAACGUUUGCAGAAAAGGCGACAUCAACUUCUCGAUCGGAGAUGGAAUGAGGCUCCAGCAAGAGAAUAUGAGCCCAUGAUUCCAUCGUGUAAUAUGUAUGAUUAAACAACUCUCUCCUUUUAUGGGAAUGGACAUGAUGAUUAUGAUGAUGCUGUUGUUCCUUUGAAUAGGCUGUGACCAUUUGAAUAUAUACCAUUCAAUGGUUCUUAUGAUGAACUCAUGAUACAAAUACUUCUUAUUAUAAUUAAGGCACUAGAUAUGCACAUCAUGAUUUGGUAGUUUCUACUAUGGUCUUUUUUUUGGAGCAGAAAUUCGAUGCAGUAGUAGCUGGUGAUGUAGCCAUCAGGUCAAGCCGGCUGGACUAUCUGGAUUUCACUCAACCGUACAACGAGUCAGGUGACAAGUUACAUAGCAAUUUUUCAAGAAUGGUGGUGGUUGUGUGGCUCUUUGUGGCACUAAUCAUCACACAGAGCUACACGGCUAGCUUCACGAGCAUGCUCACGGCUCAAAGGUCAGCAAGAUCAUUGGCUGCAAGUUCAACCUCGCCUAAUAGAGCUUGUCCGUGGAAAGCAAGAAGUGGUCCAGCCUCGGCUAUGGCUGUUGAUAGUGAUGAUUCUUCAGAAGAUGAGUCAUCUGCUCAGAUACCAAAGACUGUUUCCCAGACUAAGCCCAUACCACGCUCCGUUGGUUAUGGAGCAUUUUUGGCUACUUCACUAUAUAUGCCUUCACACGCCAAGGGUUUAGUGCGAGUUUACGCUUACAGGAACCUUCUACAACAGGAUAAUGGUGGAAGUUAUAAUCCUAACUUUUCACAUAUACAUCAUCAUCUAAUUUCUUCACCUAAACUCUUUUCUAAAGAACAUUCCAUAAUAGCAAAGUGGAUAUGGUUAAAUAAACUAUGGUUAAGACUAUGUGUAACCAAUUCUAGGUAAUGUAUUGAUCACAAUUCACAAUACCAGAUUCCCACCAUAAUACCUUAAUGGUUGGAACAUAAAAACAUAAUCAUGAUACACAUUUACCUUAAAUAAUAUGUGUAACCAAUUCUAGGUAAUGUUGGUUAUUUCCGGGAUUUAAUAAUUUUCUGUUUGUUUCUUUCAAUGUAUUCGUUUAUACAGAAUAUUACAUUUCAAAGUAAAUAAUAUGGUUUUGGAUGAAGCUGUGCAUCACGCGGGCAUUAACCUAGUUUUAGUUAUAAUGUUCGGCUAUUUUGACAAAAAAAAAAUGAGAUGAUGUAUGUAUCUGGUAAGUUCUCUUUCAGUUUCGUUUGAAUAUUACUCUUUUACUGAUUGAGGUUAUAGUUAUCUAAUCUGAUCACCAUUACUGUCAUGUUAUCUAAUUAGUUUCGACAAAAAAUGAGAUCGUGUAGUUGUAUUUGAUUAGUUCUCUUUCAGUUUUGUAUAGCAAUUCUCUUGUUAAUGAUUGAAGUUAUCUGAUCUGAUCAUCUUUAUUGUCACGUUAUCUAGUUAGUUAUUAGUCAAGUGUUACAUGUUUUGACUUUAAGUUGAGUUAAAUCUGACCUAAUAGGCUAAUAGAUUUUUAGGUCGUAUUUUGUUUACCAGAGUACCACAAAAUUGAAUUCUCCUCAACCCAAGUUUCUAGUUUACUCUUAUUUUAUUUACUAACUCUAAUAGACACAAGCAUCAAUUAAAAACAUGUGAGUGCAUCCUACAAUAAUUUCGUAGAACAAGAAUGUAAAGUUUUAACUAACAGUUUUCUAAUCAAAUAACAAGGAUACUAGGAAAUGGAGAACGGAGGAGAUGGAGAUAUGGAACCCAGUCCGAAGAUACUCCCAAGCACCAACUAUGAUAUAUCUCCAUUGGAUUUAGCUCCAAAAAACCUUGCCUCAUAUUGUUUGGUUUGAAUAGCUCGACUUGGUUUGUGCGUUUGGCUCGUUCCUUGUCUCCGCUUAGAUUAAUUUUGUUUUAAUGUAUUUUGAUAUUUUGAAUUUGAUAUACUAUACUAUUAUGUGUUUAAAAAAAUUCUUAAA